GCGGUGCUCACCUCAACACGAACACUUCAUACUUCCGAGCAUCUUAGUCCGGUUUUAGUGCCUCAAAUCACCCAUCACCCGGAGCCGUACAGACCCGGAUUCUGCACCAGGGCUAUCAUAAGGUCCGUCGUCCAGUAUGAGUAAAUUGUACAUUGGAAAUUUAAGCAGCGACGUCGAUGACUCCGUUCUGGGGAGCCUGUUUGAAGAACAUGGCGUGGUCACUACAAGCGUAAUCGUGCCGAGAAACGAGAACGGAUCGAUCAGAGGGUAUGCCUUUGCCGAUUGUGACAGUCAGGGAAAUGCCCAAAAGGCCAUUGACAAGCUAAACGGAUACAACUUGCAGGGCCAAGUUAUUGUUGUGGAAUAUUCAACAAGCAAGAAAGCACAAGGAGGCGGUCAAAGCAGAAACAGAGUCAAAGGAAUUAUUAUAAAAAACUUACCUCUCAAAGCAACAGAAACUGAUGCGGAAAGAUUACUUUCAACACUUGGUGGCCGAGUGGUGAGGUGUGAAGUAGUGGCAGUAUCGACUACUGGUAAGACAUUAAAAGCUAGUUUUGACAGUCCUGACCAUGCACAGGAAGCAGUCAAUAAAUUAAAUGGAGAAGACUACUUAGGAGUUGAACUUUCUGUAUCAUACGACACAAACAACAAUAGUACAGGAAACAGAUAUGAGGGCAGAUAUGAGGGGGGUGGCGGUGGAGGCGGCGGUGGAGGCGGUGGCGGCAAUCAGUAUGGACCACGUGGUGAUCGUAAUAAAAUGUCACCGCGAAAUGAAUCUGCCUCAGGGUCCCGUCUUUACUUGUAUCCUUCCAUAGAUCUGCCUGUUAGACUACUUGUACCAAGCAGUAUGGUAGGUGCUAUUAUUGGAAAGAAAGGUGCCAAUAUCCGUCUAAUUACACAACAAACAAAAGCCAAGGUUGACAUUCUUCGAUCCAAGGAAAAUGCUUCAGCCUUGGAGAAGGCCAUCAAUAUCUACGGUACUCCUCUUCAAUGUUCCAAUACCGUGGAGCAGAUAAUGGAAACCAUGGUUAAAGAAAAUGAAUCUGCAAACCCAAGCAUUGAGAUACCGCUGAAAUUACUGGCUCAUAACUCCUUAGUGGGACGUCUCAUUGGCAAAGGUGGAACAACACUAAACAAGAUUAUGGAAGAGUCCAACACAAAAGUUUCCAUUUCCAAUCUACAAGAGCUUACUAUUUAUAAUAUGGAACGUACCAUUACGAUAAAGGGAUCGCUCAAUGAUGAGUGCAAGGCAGAAGAGAUGGUCAGUGAAAAACUAAGAGAUAGUUUUCGAGCUGACAUGGCCAGUUUAACACAACAGUACAAUCUUUUCCCGGGGCUAAACCAUGCCUCAGUCUUCUCAGGUCUUGGCAACUCACCCGGGGCUAUAUUCAAUGUGGCAAUGCAUAACUCAGCUGUGUUGUACGCCAUCUUUGGCCCUGCAGCAUAUACUGUUAAUACACAUCAUCUUCUCCAACCACCAUCGGAAAUAACAUACCUGUUCAUACCAAUCAGUGCUGUGGGUGCCAUAAUUGGUGUCAAAGGUCAAGAAAUCCGGGAAAUCAGCCAGAAAUCCAGUGCCAAAGUCAGGGUUGAGCCACCAAGAAGUGAAGAUGAUGAAGAAAGGGCGGUAUACAUUGAAGGCUAUCCUGAUGCUCAGUGGAUAGCGCAGUGGUUUAUUUACCACAAGAUACUUACUGAUGUAUGUAGUGGCAAAGGUGAAGUCCGUCUCAUUUCUGAAAUAAUGGUUCCAGCUAAUAUGGUUGGAAGAAUCAUCGGUAAACGAGGAAGUGCAAUCCAGGACCUGGAGCUGUUGACUGGUGCUGAGAUUGAUGUACCCAAAAACAUAAAACCUAAUGACAAAAAUGAAGUGGUUGUACGAAUUAAAGGUCACUUCUUUGCCAGUCAGUCUGCCCAAAGACAGAUUCGUUUCAUGCUUUACACUGCCAAGGCUAUGAUGCAGUACAACCAACGUGGAGGCGCCGGCGGUGCUGGCGGUGGUGGUAUGAUGUCGGGCAUUAUGGGAGAACGACCAGAACGCCCGGAUCGUGAGAGAGGCGACCGUAAUCGAGGAGACAGGCGCCAACAGAACGGAACCGGGGAUUAGUAACGUAACAAGACAGUGACUGUGUGGAUAUUGUUUUUACAACGUGAAAUGCCAGUAUCAUUACCUCUUUCUCCAUCUUUCAUUCUACCAAAGACAUUAGACGAUUACCUCGUAGAUUUUGUAGGAUGUCUGUAGAAACUUGUGAUCAUAUUUGUUUUGAAUUCUUCAGCUAGUAUCUGUUGAUUGCCACCUGUCAUUUUAAGUGGAAUGUGUUUUAGCAGGCAACCGGUCUGUUCGGCAUCAAAUUGUCAGAAAUGUAUGCGGUUUUAAGGGGUUUUUAAUGCAAGGAAACUGCCAGAAGCAAAAUUCAAGAAAGCAUAAAAUUGAAACAAAAAAAAAAUGAAAAAUUAAAAAAAAAAAGAUGAAAAAAACAAAAAUAAAAAAAAAACGUAAAAUUGAAAAAAACAAAAAAAAAAGUUAACGGCCAUUAUUUUUUGAAGAGAAAGAGUAUAUUUAUGGCCAGAAAUUCUAUUUACAUACUUUAUUUUUAUGUUUUAUAAGAACAUUCAAAAAAAAAGUAGUACUAAAAAAAAAACAGAGCAGGGAGAUAUUCAUUUUGAAUAUCAUCAGUUUUUGUGUAGGUUGCUCUCCGUCGCACAAAAUAAUGAUGUUCCAAAAUGCUUUUUUUUUUUAUUUCAAGCCUGAGACCACAUGAUAAUCCACAAAACCAAAGAUAUUUUGGGUUCAUUGUGUUACCUCAGAGUCAACGGCUUGUACCUGUAAUUCUUGUCUAUCAGUUGGAAAAACAAACAAAACAACAUAUAAUGCUUCUUGAACAUGAUGCCUCGCAGGGUAAAAUUCACUACAACUUGAACCGAACUGAAACAACAUCAUUUUAACAUAAAACCUGUGACAAAUAUAGAAUUGGAAAGACUUCUCAGACCUGGAAGAAAACUAGCUUAAUAUAAAUGUGAUUCAUAAAUAAACUGUGAGUUCAUUUUAGUCGUAGAUUCUAUUCCCAUUUUAUGAUCAUUUCCUUUCUCAAUGUAUUAUGUUGUAAACCACUUUAUUACUGAAAAAAAUAGUAGAAAAUUAUUCAUGGAGAACUUUUCAAAAUGGCUGCCGAAGUAAACUGUUUUUAUUUUCAGUGUCUAAGACCACUUUGCAUUGACAAGGAUUUUGAUUACCGUACUGCUUUCGUGCUGGUGAAGCUCUCAGAAAUUGAAAAAAAAAAAAAAUAAUUAUAAAAACAUUAAAUUCUCAGUAUUCUAAUUACAGAAACAUAUAUUACUUAGUAGCAGUGAAAUUCGCAAACGGGCAUUUUUAUUUUCUUCUUUCAAUGUUGUAGUUUUUCAUCAGAAUUUUGUUGUGCAUCUACUCACCAAUUAUUAAUCCAAUUUUUGAAUGUUCUUGACAAGUAAAACUUAGUUGUAUCAUUGAAAUUAUACAAAAUGUUGAAAUAAGCAUUGAUACGUAUGUAUCGUUGAUCGUCUUUUGUUAUUUAGUAAAUGGUAGUUAAUUGAACUUGUAUGUGGCAACACCAACUUGCACGUCUAAUGUUCGAUUUUUUUUCUCAAACCCUCAAUAUGGAAAAAAAAAAUUUUUUCAGUAUUCAAAUCGGGAGAAAUUUCUGAGAACCAAGCUACACAAAGCAGCAAAUAAUAUAAAAAGAAAUAUUUGAAAGGACACUGCCAUGCCAGGCUGAUGUAACUUGACACUCAGGUAUAAGUUGUGCAAUGAUCGUAAUUCAUUGAUGAAAAAAAAUAUGCAUUGUGGUCAACAAGGAAAGCCAAAUCGUUCUCAAUGUACUCUUAUUCUGAAUAUUGUUUUUUUUAGAAAUUCAAAAUAACCACACGUAUCUAUUAUUAGAUAUUAUCAUGACAUCAUUUACCAUUUAUUACACAACCCAUCCCGUCUUUACCUCCUAACAAUUGUAUUUAAUAUUUUGUGUUCAUCUAUUACGUUAUAUUUAAAUGUAAUGACAACCUCAGUCAUUACCCUUUUGUAAAUCAGGUAUCCAGUUAGCAUGCAUGUCUAUCAAAAAUUAAAUAAUCCAUAAAACAUACAAGACAAAAAAAAAUGUAACUAAUAAGCACAUUUCUGAUUUAUCAAAUCUAUUACUAUGUAUAUUCUCAUUGAUCGUGUUAAAUGGCGUCUUGCCACAAUAUCUUACUCCAAUUCACAACACUGCCCUCGCAGGUCAGCAUUCAAUUUUCCAUCAGUCCAUUUAUUGAAGAUAAUGAACAGUUUACAUGGAGUUUCCAUCGUUUUAAUUUCGGGUCAGUGUUUGUAUAUGUUGGGAAAGACAGGAGAUGCUUACAUUUAUGUACAGUUCCACCAAUCUUAUAUGAACCCAUGCCGUUUUUGUUUAUGAUUUUCUGACAACACUCCACAGAUGCCUGCUGGUGAAGCGUUUGCACUGGCCUCUCGUUAGCGGUAUAGUUUUGCUGUCGAACGUUGCAGCAAGCUGACCACUUUGGCUCAAAUAAAUAACCUGAAUCUUCAGCUUGUGUAUAUAUAUAUGCUGCUUACUGUAUCAUAGAGGAAUAUUUGCUGUAUAUUUGUAAUGCUACCUGGGAUUUUGUUCUAAAAAAAACGACUUGACAGUUUGGAGAGGUUAGUGUAAGACGCAACAUGACACGUUCACUACGGCUCUACUGAUUCAUCCAGUUACUGUGUAAUUGUAAGACAUUCAUUACGAUGCUGACUGCAGGCAGGUCUUUCAGCCCGUUUGCAUUGUUGUUUUUUUUCUGUUUUCUACUAUGGAAUUAAAUUAUUAUUCUAGUAGU